AUGACAUCGCUAAACCUUCCCUGGCUAGUCCGUUCAGUUGUCCGAUCACUCAUGUUGCAGAGUCAGAGAAGAGUUCGAGAAUCAGAUUCCAAUAAAAGUCUGGAAUCCCUGGACGUUGAAGACGGCGAUUUGAAAGUGACAGUCUUAGAAAGAAGUGGAUUUGAUCAAAAGUUAUUAGGACGUUACAGAGCUUCGUAGGUUUUUAAUUAUCACUCUUUAUUCUUUGAUUUUGUAUUUUAAGAAUCGAUGGAAACUGUCUGAUCGAUGAAGAUGACCCUUUGGUUUAUGUGGAUAAUGUAUUUUACAACAAUCUACCAGGGCCCGGGAAACCCCAUCAUCUGGAACCCCCACUUCUGGAGUCUCAUCGAGUAGAAUUUACUCAAUCUCUUGGGGAAGUUGUGAUAUCACUCAUCAAACGAGGGAAAAGCUAUCAGAACAAUCUGGAAGAGCGAGCUCUCAACGAUUCCGGCUUUAAGACAGUAGGCGGAACGCCGGUGCAAUGAAUUAUAUAGAUUAUCGCCUAUCCUCACUUAUACUGCAGGGUUGUAAUCCGGUGA